UACUGCUCAUUAGUUUGGGUGCUCGAGUUCCUCUGUACAACCGAGCUCCUAUACAAAAAGCGACCUCUGCUUUCAAAGACACGUGCACUGACCCCACUACAGAAACAGAUUCACCGGCUACACCUGCGCCUCUCUGAAGAACCACCACAGACAAUCUAUUUGUUUCACUUUUAGACGAGGCGAACUGCACUGCGAGGAACUCUGACAAUUCCACUGACAGGUGAGAGGAGGAAGAUACCAAAUAAAGAUUUAAACAUGAAACUUGAAGUGUUUUCCGCAACCCACUUCGUUCCCUUGGAGGUGUGCAGUCACAGGGAUGCAGAGGGAACUGUCCCCUCUCCCCUAUCCGGGGAUGAGCUGGGCUCAGACGGGGACUGCGUGGCCAACAGUCCAACACCUGCCACCACGAGCAGCGCCGAUGGCAAGGGGAAGCCCUACACCCGCAGACCCAAGCCACCCUACUCCUACAUCGCACUCAUUGCUAUGGCCAUCCGGGACUCCGGCAGCGGCAAGUUGACUCUAGCUGAGAUCAACAACUACCUGAUGAAUAAAUUCCUGUUCUUCCGUGGCAGCUACACUGGCUGGCGGAACUCGGUGCGCCACAACCUGUCGCUGAAUGACUGUUUCCUCAAGGUGCUCCGGGACCCGUCCAGGCCCUGGGGCAAGGACAAUUACUGGAUGCUGAACCCGAACAGCGAGUAUACCUUCGCAGACGGGGUGUUCCGGCGCAGGAGGAAGCGCAUCAGUAAGUGCCGAUCCAGCGUUGGUUCCAAUAAGGACAUCAAGACCCCAGACGAGGAGACUCGCUUCUCGAGCACUCCAUCUGCGCCCUCCCGGGAGGAGAGGGUUAUGGGAGCUAAGUUCUCCAGCUCUUCCAGCUCCUUCUCCAUCGAUAGCAUCCUCAGUAAGCCCUUCAUAAGGAGGGAGGAUAGAGACCACACUGAUGCAGACAGUGCAUAUACCAACCCCGGUGCCCACCGGUGCUACUGGCCCGCCGGUGCCCACCACAUGCUGCCCCACACCCUGGGCUACCCACCCGUAUCCCCUGCUAUGGCGCACGCACAUGCACAGCAGUUGUAUCACCAGGCCAGCUCAGGUGCGUCGCGCAUGUUGCACGCAUACAGGUGCAGCCUCGCGGAGCAAGCCGAGCACAGCAGGGACCCACGCACAGCUGUCCACAUGACGUCACAGGGCUACAUGCCAAACUCCGAUGCUGCUUUCUCCCGGGUGAAGAUGCACACAGCGCAAGGUGGCAACUGUCAUCCUUUCCAGAUAGACUCAUUGCUCUCCUAAAGUCAACAUAAGGGACAAUACUGUAAUGAUGUAUCUUAGAUUUGCCAUGUGCACUCUCCUAUACGCUCUACGUUUUUCUAGUUUUAAAAAAGAAUUCAGGGCUUUGAACAGUUUCCAAUGAGAAGUCGAUUAGCAAGAAUGAAAAACGUAAUAUUUUUGUUGUUGUCAAGUGACUUUACUUCUGUCUGGUUUUUCCUAGGACCGAGCAAAUCAGUUGCAAUCGAAUGACAUGACAUUCCCCUGUGUGUGUGUGUGUGUGUGUGUGAGUGUGUGUGUGUGUGUGUGUGUGUGUGUGUGUGUGUGUGUGUGUGUGUGUGUGUGUGUGUGUGUGUGUGUGUGUGUGUGUGUGUGUGUGUGUGUGUGUGUGUGUGUGUGUGUGUUCGUGUGUGUGUGUGUGUGUGUGUGUGUGUUCGUGUGUGUGUGUGUGUGUGUGUGUGUUGAUGUGUGCGUGCGUGCGUGUGUGUGUGUGUAAGGUAAUUUCUACUGUAAACGACGGCUUACCAUGUGCCAAAUAUGAAAAUAUAUAAAUAUUUGUGUUGUAGCCUAGUUUUGUAUGACUUGCUGCAAAAUAUUCAUUUAAAAUAUUUGUUCGAUUGUUGACUACUGCACAGAAAGGAAAUACAGUUUUCCUAAACAUUGAUUCAUGCACGAUAUUUUUCUGAGCGAAAAUAAAAAAAUAUUUUGGAAAGAAUUAUCAAAGCAAACCACAAGUAUGUAUUCUUUAUUUUCCUUCGGUUAAAGCCAAGACAAGGGCAAUAAAAAGUAAAUAUUAUUUUUUUCUCCAUGAAGUAUACUUAAAGUGUGUUCGGAAUCAGGGGGUGGGAAAAGGUUUGCAUGUGCAUAAGGAAGGAAUGGGAAGAUCCCAUAUCUGCCAGGAAAUAAGUGCAUAUAGCGCCUGCAACUCUAGCGCUGUUUUGGCGUCCUUCUCAUCCCACUUAAACCACUUAACUUCCAGAGGAAUGAAGGUUAUACAUUCAUUUCAGACUUAUAUUUCACCCCUUUGCCUACUCUGCAUAGCAUGGCACAGCUAGGAAGCUGCAGUGUAAGGCACAAAUUAUGUAGAAAGGGGUAUACAUAUACACAUUUCACCCUUCUGUCUUCCUCUGCCUGCACGGCACGGCUAAAGAAGCAUGCAGGAUUGUUAGGCACAAAUUACAGGUCGGUUAAGCUAUUUCUAAAUAUUUAAGGCUUGUGAGAUCCGUCCCAGGAAUGGGGAGUGCUGAAUUGUGUCAAAUAAGUCAAGAAGGAUAAUUAACAUUAACGACAACACACGUCUGAAAAGGACGUUCCAAGUGAGGAUGGGGUUUGCGUUGUACGGACAUUUCGCUUCACAAUAGCAGAUCAUGUGUAGUUAUAAUAAAUAAUAUAUAUUAAGUACAGUUAAAAUAUAGACGUCUUCUCAAGCUCUAAGUAGUUUAAUUAAAACAAACUAAAACAUUAUUCAUAAUUGUCCUCCAAUUCGAGGAUGGAAUCUCAGACUUGGGGAAACGUUGCUCCAUCUCCUUUGGUUUAGGGUAAAUUGUGACAGAGCAUGUCAAUCAAAAUAUGUACCCUACUCAUUCAACAUUCUCUGUUCUGUGGCGUUCACAUGGGUAAUGUGCCCGGGGUCCGGGUCAACUAUAAACAAUGUACAAUCAAAUGUAGAGUGUUCAAAUAUGACAUUUGACUUUACUCUGUACAUAAACCUUGUAGGCUACACAAUCAUUCUUGUUUCAGUCACGCAAUUCAAAAUGUCUGUGUCAUACUGAAAUAAAUGUGUAUUAUAGU